GGACACCUACACAAAGCAUCUGGGCCAUUCAAUCUCACACCACACAAAAUCCCACCGCUUUUCCCACACAAAAAAAAAAAAUACAAUCUCCUCUUCUCUUCUGCCGUCUCCCCCGUUGCCGAUUCAAAAAUUUCGCCUCGGCCGCGCCUCCAUGACCACCAAGCCCUAGCUCCGAUCGCUCCCACCGCUCGAUUCGCCAUGGAGACGAUGUUCAUGCAGGUUUUCGAGCACCGGGACUGGGUGGAGGCGCAGAUGCGGCAGCAGGUCGCGUCCUCCUCAGACUCCAUCGCCUGCUCCCUCAUCGCCGCCGGCAGCCGGCCCCCGGCGUGGCUCUUGCCGCAGCCCGCCCCCGCCAUAGUGGAGCAAGGAAAUACUCAAAGAAAGCCACCUAUAGAUCUUGCUAAUCUGAAAAAGGCACACGUUGUUCAUCUUGCACCCCCUACCAACCAUCAGGUGUCCAAGCCCAAACCACUUGAAUUCGGUGGCGUCAAGCCGGGUAGCUGUAAUAUCACUGUUUCUUCUGAAAGAUUUAAUCAGAGCAAGAGUUGCAUGUCUGAAGCUAUCCUUACCAAAUUUGCUUCUGUGCACCCCCUGAAUGAAGACCUAUCUGCUACUAUUUCUCAUGAAGCUAGUUUGCAUGAGGUACUUCAUUCUGUCAGCAGUCCACUGCCCGAAGAGGAAACAACACAUGCUGCUGCAAAUUAUUCUCUUGAAGGACCAAAUUCUGUGACCAACCCAUUGCUUGAGAAUGGCUUAUUACAGUCUGGUAAACCUAAUUUUCUUGAAGGAAUAGACUCUAUGGCCGGUCCAAUGCCUGGAAAGGACACGGUCCACACUGCUGUAAUUGAUUUUCUUGAAGGGCCUACUUUUGGGGCUCAAGAAAUGUUGGGAUCGCCGCAAAACAAAAUAUUAGAUGAUGACCGUGGACACUCUCCUCAGCCCCAGAAAAAUAUGUUGGAAGAUGGUUGUCGACAUGACUCGCAUUCGCAUGUAUGUGGUGCAUUCAACACAUUCUCCUUGCAGUCUGCUGCUAAUCUUGAGAAGCUGCUGCCCAACUCUGCCAACGAUGAGUGUUUAUAUCAGAACAUCAUUCCUUUUCCAGGAACAAUUAAUCAUAAUGAUUUCUGUAGCGCUAGUGCUUCAGCUGCCUUUAUAUCUGCACGGAGUGACCCAUUUCAGAUGCAAACUUCAUUGCCUAAACUAUCUCCAGAAUUUGUUAGGACAGCUAUAACUGGGGAUGCACACAUUGGAUCUUCUUCUCUGUCCACAGCAAAUAAGAGUCUCCAAAUAAAACCAGUAUUAGAUUCAGUCAGCUGCCAUCUUACACAGUCUGGUCAUGCCGAGUCAAAACUUUUGAUUCAGACUGAAGCAUAUGAUGUUUCUGCAAGGAAUAACAUGGGCAAAUGUGUGACAUCAGCAGUUAUGCGUGGGGCUGGGGCUUCAUCUGAGGGUGCACAGAUAUUGCAAACUGCAGAAAGAAAUAGUACACCAUCAGCAAAGGAAUGCUUAGAUUCAUCUUGUGAAAGAAUAGCCAUGAACUGUCAAUCAAGCUCUAGUGCAUCGUUAGUUCCUCAAUAUUCUCAAUCACAUUAUUUGGAAAAUGGUCUCGAUAAAGUGAGCAAUUCUUCGCCUAAUUACCCUAAUACUUUCUCUGAUGGCGAUGCAUGCUGCAUAAGUAAGAAAAUUUCUUGCUUUGCAAAUCCUGGCACAGAUGUAAAAGUUGCAACCAUAGAAGACAAAAUACUUACCGGGAUAGAUUUUGUUGCAUUUAGAAGUGGAAUGUUGAAUACAGAAAAAUAUCCCAUCAUGGAUUCUCCAACUACUGAUCCAAGGUAUGCUUUAUAUCAGAAGAAUCACCAUGCGAGCCUAGAAUUCGAUGAGAAAGGUACUGAUGAUGGACAGAAAGUAUCUCAUGGUUCUAUUCCAUGGAAAAAUGUUGAUAUUUAUGCUGACUAUGAUGAAACUGCGCAACAGUGUCAGAGCUUUAACAUUCCUAUUCUAUCUAAGAAUAAGAGUUCUUCUGUCAAAGAAAGGGCAUUUGUGGGACUUUGUGAAUCUGAGAAGUUGAUUCACUUGAGCUGCAAUCUUUCCAGAAAGUAUAAGAUGGGCAGCAAGAUGAAACCAUUGUGUGGCAAAUAUGAGUCAUUGGCAGCUAGGUUUGAGAAACUCGUGAGCCGGUGCUCAGUCGAUUCUGUUGACACUAAAUGGCAUGAUCCAAGUUAUGAUAUCAACAAUUUGGGAAUUCCUGGUGAAUAUAGUUUGGAAUUCGAUGAUUCUCUUCUGAUGUCCAAUGUCCAAACUUAUGGUCCAGCAAAUGCUAAUAGUGUUCAAGAGGAUAGCAACAUUCCUUUGACCCCGUCAGCUCACAAGUAUAGCCUGGAAAAGCUGUCACGAAGAACCGGAUCUAGUUCGGAGUGUAUGGGUUCUAUACCAGAACGUGCAUGCUUUCAAAUUCAUGAAGAUAGUAAUAUUGCAGAAGAAAAUGAGAACAAAGAGGUGCUACCUGGAUGUCCUGGUACAAAUUAUUUAACCCAAGAUCUGACUGACAGAAAACCUCUUGACCAUCUUACUAGCUCCUGCCGAAGCAGAGAAAAAAAUCCCUCUUUUCCCACAAGAUAUGUGGAUGUAGGCAGGCCUUGUUUGACAACCCCAAAAGCUUACCGUAUGGAUCCUGAUCGCCAUUUGCAUAUCAGAACUGAACAAGCAAUGAAGAACCCAAUGGAGAACCGUGCUUCUUCAAUUAGGAAAGGAGAAGUGUCACAACCCCUCCAUGACAGAGAAAGCAGGGCAGCACUUCUGAACAGAAAAAAUCCAAGACACAGAAGCAAGACAAAUCUUGGGAAAGGAUGGAAACCAUUUGUACCACUUGUAAAACAGAAUCAACAAUUUAGAACAGCAUGUGUAAAAGAAGAUAUUAGAGUGAAGGCACUUGAAGCAGCUGAAGCUGCAAAGCGUUGUCAAGAGAAGAGGCAAAAUGAGAGAGUCGCGUGCAAAGCAGCGGCGGGACUAGAGUGUGAAAGACCAAAGCAAGCGGGGGAACAAAAACAAAAACAAGCCGGGCAGAAGAAUAAAAUAGGCACAGAUGUUGUUACUAGGAAGAGGCGGAGGGGAGAUGAAGAAAAUAAAGAAAAUGGAAGAAAAAAGAAAUGUGCAGAAGGGGCACAGAUACCAGAGCAGCAGGUGGAUCGAAUGCAUGCUACACAUGGCAAAAAAGAUGGUUGUCGGAACAAUUAUGAUGACAAAGAGCCAAGAAAUGAUUUAGUUGGAGGGCUCAAACACGAAUUAGUACCUGGUGAAAGGACAGAAUCUGUCCAUAGAUUUAUGGCAUCUGAAAGCAACAACCUCGCAAAUGGGAGGUCUGAAAGUUCUACACUUCAGGUGCAGGAAAGCUUCUCGGAUGCUGUUGAUAAGUCCUAUGUAAUGUCUCCAUGUAAAGAUUCUGAUGAAGAGGACAGCGAGGACUUGGAGCAUGAAGAGGAACUAAGGUGUAGAAGGAAAUUGAUUCCAUCAUGGUCUCGCCAAGAAAACUUGGAUAAAAUCUUGUUAUCCAAUCAGUCUAUGGACCCAUCAGAAAUUUUCGCACGCAAUGGUUGUUUCAGUUUAUCUGAUGUUCUUGCACUCCAUGUUCCUCAACGACUAUUCAAUUAGUUGGCUGUUUGAGAAGCUGAGAAAGUACUGAAGGUAACCUAUUUAUCAGGGAGUAGAUUACCCUAGAUGAGCAAUUCGAAGAGCCACGUUUCUGCAUGUGCAACCUGUUUGCCCAAUUAUAAAGACCCGGGUGGAUGUAGAAAGAUCUUCCUAAAUGAUCUUCAGGUAAUCAACAAAACAAGCUGUUGCAUUUUGCGAUGCCUAAAGGUAGGAAGGCCAUCAUUCAGAACACGUGAGUUGUGAAUUCGCAACCUUGUUAGCACCCAGCACUAUGUGAUGUGUAUUGAGUAAAUAUUCAAGAAAUCACCAUGCUUGGGGCAGCUCGUCGCAAAUAGCACUGAUUCUUGUAAUCUCGUGUGAUUUCGAUUGGCUUGAGCUUACUAGGAAAAUAGCCACGUUACGGAUGACAGGCGGUGCUCUUGCUCUCUUCUUUCUCAUCUUUUUCUAGAGCAUCCCAAUGACGUACCACAAUUUUAUAUAAGGUAGAAGUUGAAUUACAAGAUACUGCAGACCCGUGCGAACACGGAUUGCAGUUUACACCCUCCCUACAAACACCUAGCUGUUAUCUCUUGCUAAAAAAUUACACACUCCAACUCCAGCUAUGUUCCAUAGAUUAAGUUUGACCUUGAUUCUGCCUGCAAGCACUGCAGCUGAGCAUCGUUUCCGGGCAUUGCCAAAGACAUGACUGUUUUGUUGUUUCCAAAACCCCUUCUAUCUGUAGUUCUGUCCUCUGAAUUCUGUUUCUUGUCUUGCACCACCAAGUCCUCGAGCUGAUCUGAAACUACAUGGGUGUGGGUGAAGUCACCAGUGUUUGCAGCGCUGAAA